UCUCUCUCCUCUCUCUCUCUCUCUCUCUCUCUCUCUCUCUCUCUCUCUCUCUCUCUCUCUCUCUCUCUCUCUCUCUCUCUCUCUCUCUCUCUCAUUUUUUUUUCUUUCUUUUUUUUAGACAUUUCACAAACUACCGGGAAAGGUUCGCAUUGUUUACAUUAUUCCUGCGCACUAGUAGCUGUUAGACACACUCAUCCUUGCGACCACGCCCACCCUCACGCCCGCACGCCCUCCUCUCCUUGGCAGCCGUGGUUGGCAGUUGGCACGAGAGGCAGGGUAGGGCAGGGGGUGGCAGAGGCACGCGGGCACCCACAGCGGACCGAUGCCAGUGUAGUUGGACCUGCCGUGGCACCUAGUCGUGUUCCGUGCCUCUUGGUUUAAGGAAAAGAAAACGAACAGCUAAUAACAGGGAACUUAAACUACAGUGAACAUUGAACACUGAACAGCGACCCAACGAGAACCAUCAGUCACUUCCCUUGUGAAUUAACGAAAGGAAAAAAAAUCGAAAGAAGGGAAGAACAAGUGAAAAAAAGGAAAAAGGAAAUAGAGAGAGAGAAAAAAGAUCCAAACGAAAAAAAGGGAAGAGACAAGUGAAAAAAGAAAGAAAGAAAUAGCUUGAAACGAAGAGAAAAAGAGAGAGAGAGAGAAAAAAAGAUAAACGAAAAAAUAAAUCAAAUGAAAACACAUAAAUAAAAUUAAGAACAAAGGAAAUAGAAGAAUUUACAAUAAUAAUAAUAACAAAUCUGGCGUCAACGUUUUAGAAUCGAGAUAAAAUAAAAACAAUAAAAUCAUAACGAAUCAUUUAAGAAAGAAUUAAAGACAAGAAUAACAUCCAGCUUUAUCAAACCACAAAGUGUUAUUAAACGCAAAAGAAUAUAAAGAGACAAAUAAAGAAAACAAAGGAAGUAAAGAUAGAGAAGAAGAGAAAAAGAGAAAAUUGAUUUUUUUUUUCAACAAAUCGCGAGGCAAGAAAAACGUCUCAUAAGAAAGUGAUAAUAAAGAAAUACAUCAGCGAACUUGCAAAUAAAUGAAACUAGAAAAAGAUAAAUAAUAUAUUGUUUUAUUAUUAUAAAACGCGAGGAAAGGAAAGAAAACAAUAAACAUCUGAGAAUGGACAAAAACCACAAAAGAAAUAAAGAAAUAUGUAAAUAAACCUAAAAAAAAACACAAAGCAAAACAAAAAAUAAAUAAAACAAAAAGACAAAAAACAAAAAAGAAACAAUAAAAACAACUAACCAGUCAAAAGAAAACCAAGAAAAUAAAACAAAAAAUAAAAAACGAAGAGACAGAAGAAACCCAACAACAAAAAAUAAUAAUAAUAACAAAUAAAAACAAAUAAAUAUAAUAAACAAAUAAAAAAAACUUUUUAAAAAUAUCUCAAGACCCCAGAGCGUGCAGAGAGCCCCCCCCCUACCACCCACCCACCCACCGCGACGCUGGCUGAGGGGGAGAUGUACAUGAGCACUCAGGCCAACCUCGAUUACUGGUCUACCGAUAACUGCUGCGUCUUCGUGUCGCUUCGUAAGGGAACCAUCGUCAUUGGAAGUCUGUCUGUGAUAUGGCAGAGUGUCGUGGUGGCGAUCUCCGUCCUGGCGCUGGUGGAGUGUCACUUGAAAGAGACGAGCCUGGAUGACACCGCCGUUAGUGACACGCAGGCGAACGACACCAUAGUGAACGUUGACACAUUGUUUACUAGCGACACGUGGGAAAAUGAGACCGCGUUUUACAGCUCGCGAGCUAACGAGACGUGUAAAUGGAUUCCAGAAGCUGAGAGGGAGAGCUUUGGAGUUUAUGAUCAAAAUAUGUUAUACGUCGUGGUCGGGGUGAUUCUGGCGUUUUCAAGUAUAUAUUGUCUGCUCUCCAUAUGUGUCGUUGUGGGUGUCUUAUGGCGAUCCCCGAGGUUACUGCAAGGGUGGGUGGCGUUCACAGCCCUGUACAUGUUGCUGACUCUCGCCGACCUGCUCAUCACCCUCCCCUUCACGACCCUCCUGCACCUCCUCUGCUGCAUCACCCAGUUCGUCGUCUCGCUCUACGUGUGGGCGGUGGUCAAGUCGUACAUGCACGUGCUCAAGGUAGCCAAGAGGAAGCCCCCGGUGCCCGAGGAGGAGCGGACGGACUACACGGUCAACGGCGUCGAUCUCCAGCAGGAUCCCGUGACGGUGUGACGAUUACCUUCUGGACGGGAGCGGAGGAUGAUCAGCUUUCGUCGUCGUUGUUGUUUUUCUCGUUUCUUUUCAUUUCUUUUCAUUUCUUCUCCAUUUUGUUUAGCCUUUACCGCAGAAAACGUUUUAAACACCUAUUUUAAAAAUUUUAUAGUCGAUUCUUUUCCUUGCUUGAAGACUUCUUUCACAAAUAUUUAUUGUCUUCGUGUCAUUCGCUGUCUGAAUGCUUCGGUUCAUUUUUUUACUUGUAUUUUCAUCCUACUUUUUCAUCAAGUUUAAGUAUGUUUUUUUCUUUGUAACAGUAUUAGUUAGCCUUUCAAAACUCGUCUCUCGUUAAUGUAGAGUAGAGUCUCUCCCUCCCUCUUUCUCUCUCCAUAAAUAAAAAUCUAGUCGCUGCUAAAAAAAAAUAUUUUUAUAUCAUUUUUACGUCAAUUGUUAAUGGAUCCCGGGAAGGCAGUUGAGACAGCCCCAUUUCCCUGUAGGUUUGGCCUAAGCUUUAAUAAGGGACAUCAUAAGAUCCAUUUUCCAAUACGAAGUCUCUUGGACGUAAAAGAAAAGAUAUUUAUAUCUGUUGUUGCUGAUAAAAGAUGAAAACCUUCCUUGAUGGUUCAAAUGUUCACUACACCUUGAAUUAUGUACUUUUCCGGUACAUAGUGGAAGUAUUGGGUGGUCUACAUAUUCGUAUUGUGUGUCAUCCUGUAUUUUUGUUUUAUUUUAUUUACCUUUUUAGUGUAAAAUCUGGAAAAUGGUGUUGCCAGCUAUUAUCAUCCACUGAUUCAUCAUAACGACUGUAAAUUAUUAUAUUUAAGGUAAGAAUUAUUUACAUUUCUAAUCGUAUUAUUUUAAAUUGUUUUGCACGUUAUAUGUGCAAAUUUACUCAUUUCAUUUCGCUUUUAUGCGUGAUUUUGCGUAUACACACGCAUAGAACUUAUACUUUAUUGUUUGUAUGUGGGUAUAUUUGUUUGUGAAUGAACAAAUUGGUGAUUAAAAUAAUACCUUAAA